UGGCUCAAGAGCCUGUACAUUUUUCUCAAUAACAGUUGGGAAACAUUUGUGAUUUUAUUUGUGCUGUAUAUGCUUAUUUAAGGACCAUUGUUGUUAUUAUAUUGGUCUGAAAGGGGUAGGACAAUCGUAAACUUGCUUUAUUUAAUUAUUCUCUCAGGGGGUCAGUGCUGAAAGUAGCUUAAAUCUGGAUUGUUGAAUUGCCGAUGAGAAACAAAUGUUUUAUGGAGAUGAGGACAAUCCCGACAAGGUUCCAGCUAUGCGGUGUGGUGGAGUACGCUGUGUCUGUAUGCGGUGCUUUACCAGAAAGAUGACCAGAGCCACAGAACUCCUACACAUGGGAACUAGGACACAUCCAAGGCUCCUCCGGUUAUCCUUCCUAGUCCUUCUUCUUCAUGCAGCCAUAGCCUCUGCCCCACCUCCUCCACCCUCUGCCCCACCCCCUUCCCUAUCUGCCCUGCCAUCUUUGUCCUCACCGCCACCAAAUGCACAGCUUAAAACAACAACCAUACCAACUACACCAAAUAUUACCAUGUCAACUAAAACUACCGCACUUUCUACACCAAAUACAACCACAACAAUUACGUCAACCACGACAACUACACCAACUACAUCCACACCAACCACAACCAUGUCAGCUACAACAACCACAUCUACUACAACAUCUACCACCCAAAGUAUUGUAGCAUCAACCAUGUCCCAUACUGACACAGCAACUACACCCUAUCCAACCACAUCAGCUAUAACCACGACACCUGCAGCUCCAUCAACCAUACCAUACACAGCUCCAUUAACCAUACCAUCCACAGCUCCAUUAACCAUACCAUCCACAGCUCCAUCAACCAUACCAUCCACAGCUCCAUCAGCCAUACCAUCCACAGCUCCAUCAACCACCACUAACAUUCCUUCAUCUAACACUCUAAACACAUCAACAGUCGUGGUGCCCACCACCCCACCCCCCACAUCACUUACAACCCCUCACCCAUCCCCACUGCACACUGCCUCAUCCAACAUGACUAGUGGACCAAUGACGUCCACUGUGCCAUCUCCAUCCACUACCUCUACGCUGCACUCAACCUCACCCACCAUGCUGUCCACUGCUAACAUGACCUCUAAAAAUGACACAUUUCCGGGACACUCCACGCCUUUACCAACAACAGUCACCUCUAACGUCACUACGGAGCCAGCAAAGGUGCAUUGCAACUUCUCACAGCUCUGUGCCAAUCAGUCUGUUUACUACUGGAUGGUCCUUGCUGUGGACGUGACUGGAGACCUGAAGAGUGAAACGGACAUCAGUGACUGGUUGUGGGAUCUAUUUCAUACUCACUUGGACACCUGCGAGCCCUACCGACCUGAACAAUCAAAUGGCACAAACUCGACAGACACACUGCGAACCACCUCAGUCAGUCCAGCAUAUCCCACCCCCUACAACAUGACAACACGGUUAUACAACUUCACCAUAACAACACCAUCCCAGAACUUCACCACGACAACACAAACGCUGAACUACAGCUCGACCCCCUCGCACAACUUCAGCAUGGCGGCCUCGACAACAAACAUGACAACCAUGCUUUACAAUCACAGUAUUACUACUCCUUCACACAACCAUAGCAUGACUACACCAUCACACAAUCAUAGCACGACAACUCAUUCUCCCAGCUGUACCAUGUCUGCCACCACUAGUGAAGAGCACGAAGGUGGAAACAUGACUGCCGCCAGCCUGUUUCAAGACAUUGAAGUGACAUGCGUCAAUAAAACGAGGAUCAGGAGGACUAACUGCACUGUGCUGCUGAAGCUGAGGAAGCCCACAUUUCCCUGCUGUGUUCAGCGGGCCAUUUGGUUGGCUGCGGAGAACAGCCCCAUACGAGCCUAUAUUGUGGGAAAUAGAGUGUGUAUGGGUCUGUCUCAUUGCGCAGGCCAACUGCCUCCAAGUAAUGGUUCUGCGAAGUGCAAUGGUUCCCUCAAUGGGACCCUCCCUCUCCCAAACACUUGUCAAUCUCCAGGGCCUGUUAAUAUCUCAUGUGGACAUUGCGGGACUGUUUAUGUUCCUCUUGGGAAUCAAACCCAAAUGGACGAUGAGGCGAAGAUUUUCUGCAACUGCUCUGCUUAUUGCGAUGGUACAGCUGCAUGCUACACCUUGGACAUACAGAUCACAGAUUCUGCUAGGCACAUUUCAAACAUCUUCUCUCUGGUUAAACAGCUAAGACAUCCACCACCCUGUCACAACACCUCAGCGACAGAUCCCCCUUGUCCUCUGCUCAUCAUAUCGACUAUCUUUCAGUAUGCUUAUGUGAAAUGCUUUAGCACGGAGACAAAUCUCCAAAGCUGCAGGGUUAUCGUGGGCCUUGGCCAUUCAAUGCCUAUAAGUGCAGUCAGUACUGCAUUGAUGACUGUGUUAAAUGAUGAGCAUGGCAUUGACUAUGAUGGAAAGGUGACACAAGCAGGAAUUUGUAGCUGGCCAGGAUCCAGUGGAGAUCUAUUGAAUUCGACCUUCAGCUCGGCGGAGAGCAGCCUCAACCACUUGGAGUUCUGGAUGACUGUAGAGGAGAGCCAUGGCAAAUUUGUCUGCAAACAAGGAGAAAUUGUGUGUGUGCUCCCGGAUGAAAUGUGUGACAGAUACCCCACACCCCCUCUCACUUCACCCAGCCCAAUAGCCAACAUUACUUUACCUGCAACAACACUGUCUCCUCCACCCAACAACACUCUACAACAAAACAACACCUCCCUCCCAUUGAACACAACAUUACCUCCACCAAACACCACUUCUACAGCUCCAAAUACUACAACAUCCGCUCCAAAUACUACAUCAGCAGCUCCUAAUACUACAAUAUCAGCUCCAAAUACUACAACAUCAGCUCCAAAUACUACAACGUCAGCUCCAAAUACUACAACGUCAGCUCCAAAUACUACAACGUCAGCUCCAAAUACUACAACGUCAGCUCCAAAUACUACAACGUCAGCUCCAAAUAUUACAACAUCAGCUCCUAAUACUAUAACAUCAUCUCCAAAUACUACAACAUCAGCUCCUAGCACCAUAGUCACAACACAAACCAACACAACGACAACCAUCCACCCCAUUCAUCCAUCGCUAAACACCUCCACAACCAGGACCAUUGCCACAACUACCCUGGGUAAUACCACUGCAAACUCAUCAACACCCAUCUUUCCACCAGUAAACACCACAACAGCCUCCCCAAAGACCACCACGACAGCUGUGAUAACAACCACCGCAGCACAAAACACCACAGAAGCCAGUAGUGAAGAGCAGGCCAACCAUUUGCUGGAUGUGACAAGUGACGUGUCCAAGCUCAACUCCUCCCAGGUGGACCAGCUGGUGUCCCAGCUAGAGGCCCUGCUGGCUGGGCCCAACGUCAGCCUGGCUCUGGGGAAAACCUCUGUCACGAUCGUUAGCAACCUGCUGGGUGCCUCCUCUGACACCCUGGCCUCCUCCUCCACCAAGAUCAUUGGGAUUGUUGAUACUGUGGGCCUGAAGUUGGUCGUUCAGGAAGAUUCUACGAUUUUAACCGAAUCGGUCGCUCUCGCUGUCAAAACGGUGGACGGCACUAAUUUCCAGCGAACAUCUUUCUCCAUCCGAGACCCCAACAGUGUGCAGAUCCGUGGAGACAACAGAGCCAGGAGGAGUGUGAGAGCAGAGGCGUCCUCCCUCCCUCAGGGGUCUGUCACGUUCCCCUCUUCCCUCACAGCGAACCUCUCCCCUGAGCAGCAGCUACAGGCCUCCAGACUCCAGUUCAACUUCUACCAGAAGAGCACUGUGUUCCAGGACCGAGCCCUGGGAGACAGCAAGCUGAAUAGUGGAAUCCUGGGGGCCAGUGUGGCCAACCUGUCAAUCAAGUCUCUGCAGGAGGACGUGGUCAUCACCCUGAGAAACACUGAACCUGUCUCAGCACAUUUCGUGGUGUCAUGUGUUUUCUGGGACUUUGGCAUGAAUGAUGGCUCAGGAGGCUGGAACCGAGAUGGCUGCUCUGUCAGGAACAGCACAGAUAAUGAGACUGUCUGUGUCUGCAACCAUCUCACCUGCUUUGGUGUUCUACUGGACAUGUCCAGAAAGGGCAUAACCAGUUGUCUCCAGGCCACAAUCCUCACCUACAUCACCUACAUUGGCUGUGGUAUCUCCGCCAUCUUCCUCUCCAUCACUCUGCUCACCUACCUGGCCUUUGGGAAACUGCGUAAGGACAUCCCAUCUAAGAUCCUGAUCCAGCUGUGUGUGGCUCUGUUGUUUUUGAACCUGGUGUUCCUGGUGGAUGGUUGGCUGGCCCUCUACCCUGACGCUGUGGGCCUCUGCAUCUCCACCGCCUGGUUCCUGCACUACUUCCUGCUGGCUUCCUUCACCUGGAUGGGUCUGGAGGCCGUCCACAUGUACCUGGCCCUCGUCAAGGUCUUCAACACAUACAUACCACGUUACAUGCUCAAGUUCUCGCUCCUUGGCUGGGGAACUCCACUCCUUGUGGUCAUUGUGGUUAUUGCUGUUGAUGAGGACAACUACGGACUAGUUGGCUACGGAAAGUACGUAAAUGGCUGCCGUACAGAUGACUUCUGCUGGCUGAAGAACAACAUUGCCUUCUACGUAACCGUUGUGGCUUAUUUCUGUGUCAUCUUCCUGAUGAACCUCGUCAUGUUUGUGGUAGUGAUGGUUCAGCUCUGUCGGAUAAAGAAGCAGAACCCCGACAACAUGAGGCACCGUAACGGGCUGCAGGACCUGCGCAGUGCGGUUGGGGUCACAGUACUCCUGGGCCUCACCUGGGGCUUUGCCUUCUUCGCCUGGGGGCCCGUCAACCUGCCCUUCAUGUACCUCUUUUGCAUCUUCAACUCCUUUCAAGGGUUCUUCAUCUUUGUGUUCCACUGCGCUGUGAAGGAGAAUGUGAGGAGGCAGUGGAGGACUUAUCUCUGCUGUGGUAAACUGAGACUGGCAGAGAACUCAGAGUGGAGCCGCACCGCAACACAGAAGACAGGGAAGAAGUCAUUGCCAGUGACCAGAGCCACGUCCCUCUACUCCGACAACUCCUCCCAGUUCAACAAUUCCUCCAUCUUCUCCUUCUUGUCCAAUGACUCCUCAGAGCGACCCAGUGGAGGAAUAGGUAGUCCAUUUGAUGACAGAUCCAUCACUGCCCUAGAAGAGCCCAACUCAGACGUGGUCCUCAACGAGAUAAACAGCCAGUUUAGGAGUCAGAGUUAGAGAGCACCCUGACACCUGUGAAAAACUAGGGGCUCUAUUCAAUCUGUAUCACUGAAGUUCACGUUACAGAUUGCGCAAUUGAAAUAUCAAGGUCAUUUCCGAUUGCGCCGACAUAUGCAGCGUUUACCGUAAAUGCCAUCUUGGCUAACACGGGAACGUUGCCUUUAAAUUUCAAUCACGCUGUAGCGCUGAACUUCUGCGAUACGGAUUGCAUAGUGGCCUCCAGGUAGGCUGGUGGGGGAAGGGACUACCUCUUCAGCGUCUGAUCCCGUUAGCGGGAUCAAAAUCCAGCGAAAAAUCAUAUCGCCAAUUAGCAUUAAAAAAAAUAAUAAUAAAAAAAAAAUAA